AUGAACAUCUGCAACUCGGUUAACCUUAACUGUUCUCUGCUCAACCUGAACCCAACUAUAAUCUGCGGAGACCUUUUGGUCAUCAACCUUGCCAGCGUACUCAACUUGGGUGAGUGCGAGGGAAACGCCACCCAAAUAUGUCAAGCUGGUGAAAUAGUUACGAAUGAUACGUUCGAGGAUCUGUCUGGAUUCUUGACGUGUAUGCUGGGACACCUCACGACUGAAGAUCUGAGAACAGUCUUAAAAGGCACCAUCUGCAGCAUAUUAAACAUUCUGGCGAAGGUACUCGGAGGGCAGGUAAUCUCAGGACUGAUUGUUGCAACUGUCGGCGGAAUUUUUGGAGUCAGCUGCAGGUAA